AUGGUUACAACUAAGCAAUGGAUUUACGAGGACGAACUCGUUCUCAAUUCACUUCGAGGACUCGCAAGAUCCAACCCGGAUCUUAAAUACUUGCAAGCAGAACGCCUAGUUUACUGUGCAUCUUCUAGUGAUGACAAAGUGACUGUUCUAACGGGUGGUGGUGCUGGCCACGAGCCAAUGCAUGCCGGUUUUGUCGGUAAAGGCUGCUUAGAUGUCGCUGUGUCAGGUCAGGUAUUUGCCUCUCCGUCUGUAAAGCAGAUUUACGCUGGUUUGAAAGCCUCCGAAUCGAAAAAGGGAACUUUAAUCGUCGUUAAAAACUAUACAGGUGAUAUUAUCCACUUUGGAAUGGCUGCCGAAAGACUUUCCGCCGAGGGUUACCACAACAAAAUCCUUGUCGUACAGGAUGACGUCUCUGUUGGUAAGACCAAGAACGGAAUGGUUGGUAGACGAGCUUUAGCCGGUACUUGUUUGCUUCACAAGAUUGUUGGUGCCAAGGCUGCCAAAGACAGUUAUAAAGCUACUCUUGAUGAUGUUUAUGAUAUCGGUCAGAAGGUAAAUGAGAAUCUAGUGACCAUUGGUGCUUCUUUGGGUCAUGUCAUCAUUCCUCACGUGGGGGAGAGAGUUGCAUCUGAUGACAGUGACAAGGAUGAUGAUACAAAUAUUGAUCUUAAGGAUGACGAAGCGGAGGUUGGUAUGGGUAUCCACAAUGAACCUGGUGUUAGUAGAGUUUCUCCCUUGCCAAAGAUUAAAGACUUAGUGUCGAACUUGUUGAAAUAUACACUCUCUAAUGAGGAUAAAGACAGACACUAUGUUGAUUUUGCAAGUGGAGAUGAGGUGGCUUUACUUGUGAACAAUCUCGGGGCCACUUCUAACCUUGAAUUGUAUGCCAUACAGAAUUUUGUAGUGGAAGCUCUUGAAAAAGAGUAUGGUAUCAAUCCUGUGAGAGUGUAUACUGGUUCUUUAUGCACUUCGUUGGAUGGACCUGGUUUUAGUAUUACUCUCCUAAACAUUACUAAGGCUGGUAGUGAAGAAAUUAAGCAGUGCUUAGACUAUCCAACAGAAGCUCCUGGUUGGGCAUGCCAUGUCACUGGAGGCACAUGGGAUAGAGCCAAUCAGAACGACUCAGUGGUCGAAGAACCAGAUGAAAUUGCAAAUCCUCCAUUACCAUCAUCGCAUGUUACGUUUGAUGCAAAUAUUGCAAAGAUUGGAUUAGUUCAGGGAUGCCAUGACUUGAUUAAGUUAGAGCCUAAAUUGACACUAUAUGACUCCGCUGCUGGUGACGGUGACUGUGGAGAGACACUAUCUGGAGGUGCACAGUCAGUGUUGAGAGCAUUGAACUCCGGUAAAUUGGCAGUAGGAGAUGCCGUGAAGUAUCUUGCACAGAUGACUGAUCUAAUCGAGACAGAUAUGGGUGGUACAUCUGGUGGUUUGUAUGCUAUCUUUAUCUCAGGCAUGGCCAAGAGCUUAAAACAACAAGAACUAAGAUUGGGUAAGGGCUUCAAGAUUGACUUGAAUACGAUGGCUACCACGUUAAAUGACUCUUUGAUUACAUUAGAACAGUACACGCGUGCCAGAGUUGGGGACAGAACUUUGAUGGAUGCUUUGAUUCCAUUUGUGGAAGAGUUUGCCAGCUCUAAGGAUUUAAAAUCUGCCGCUGAAGCAGCCGAUAGCGGUGCUAACGCUACUAGAAGAAUGGCUGCCAAGUUUGGAAGGGCUACUUAUGUCAGUGAGGACGAGUUCAAACAGUUCGAUGCAGAGGGGGGAUUACCAGAUCCUGGUGCCAUUGGUUUGGCUGCUUUGCUUAAGGGAUUUUCUAAGGCCGUAAGUAAGUAA